GCUGAAACCCAUGAAAAACCCAAAAAUUCGUUUUCCGUAAAAAUUUCAGACACAUGUGAGUGCCGGAGCGCAAAUUUCGGUACGGAUGUACGUGGAGGAGAACUGAAGAGUCCUGGAUACCCGGUUCAGUACUGUGUUAACCUCGACUGCAAAUACGAGAUCGAUGGAGUACCUGGAAAAGCGAUACAUUUGUCGAUUGUUUCAUUUGAAACCGAACUUCGGCAUGACUACCUCGAAAUUCAUCAAACAUAUACUAUUUCGUCAAUGCAGUACUCCACUAAAAUUGCAACUUUGACAGGUAAAGAUGUUGGUUGGCCGUUAUAUGCUUCAGCUGAGGGAAGUGGCUUCAAGCUUCGUUUUGUAACCGAUAGCUCAGAGCAAUUCGGUGGUUUUCAUGCUCGCUUCUCAAGGGUUGAUGCAUCAAUGCCAGGUUUUCAAUACGUUUCUUACACAACGCNAGGUAAAUCGUGUCCUCAAAUGUAUCACGAAGCAGUGACCGCCGAACAACACCUACCAUCUCCAACGUCAAGAUUCGAAUAUACGGCUGGAUGUUCAUAUAUGAUCAAUACGACCGAUGAUAACGCUAUCAAAUUGCGUUUCGAUACAAUCGCACGACACGUUAAAAUCAGUGUUCACGAAACCGAAAACUACAACACCGAACGUGUAUCACAAUCGCUCGCCGAGUCAACUAAUUUGGCGUCACAACAAAACAAUAACCUUUAUUUUUGCUACAGUCUCAGCGUAUUCACAUCAUUACCGCACGAAGUCGUAUCAAGAACCAAAUCGCUAAUGGUGAUGGUGACAUUACUGCCAAAACAAUCUGGUAUCAAAGUUGGUAAAGGAAAUCUCUUCGAUGCCGUUUUCUAUCGAACGGAAAGUCGUAAGGGUUCAAUUAAUUCAGCAAAGCUUCCAUCGGAAUGCCGUCAAUUAGCCUGCAACUGUUUGCUCNCUCUUCAAUCAUUCAUCACUUUAUGGAAUCACUUCAGUUGUUCUUUAAAAACAAUUUCAGCUUGUAAAUGUUUCCCAAACACAAUGUCUGUGAAUUCCGAAACUGAAAGUUCGUUGUUUUCACCUGGUUAUCCAUCUGAAUAUUGCGAUAAUUUGAAUUGUCCGGUUGAAAUAAAAAUGGAUUACGGACCACAAAUGGAAGGAACUCACAAGAGAGUGCGUGUAGAAAUCAACUCACUUCAGUUGGAACAUGGCGCUGAUUUUUUGCACUUCUUUGAUCGAUUACAACAUUCGAGUCGUUACCUUAUGAGUCGAACGGGCAACAGUGCGUUGUCACGAACGAAUUAUUUUACAUUCGAUAAUGAAGUGGCUGAAUUACGACUGAUCACUGACGCAACCGUUGUGAAUCGUGGUUUCAACAUUUCAUUAAUUGCAAUCCAACGGAAUAACGAUUGCAAAUGCAAAGGUGAAGCGCAGCCAGUAGAAUAUACCACAAGGAACGGUGAAUUCUCAUUAAAUGUGCCGAGCUCGUGCCAGUUUCUCGAUUGUUUCUUUCAUAUCAGCCGUCCGCUGUCGGCGACCGUAAACGAUCGACUGCGACUGUUGGUGAACGUUUCGUACGAAUUCAAAGGUGCACAGGAAGAAUUUUUGGAACUGCUGAAAGGACUUGGUAACAACAUUAUUCCAUCACAUACCAGCGAUCGGGAUGUUGUUGUCUACGAGGCAGGUGUUAGUAAGGAAGGUGUGAAUGAAAUUUCAAGUCUCGAACCAGUUCGACUUUGGUAUCAUUUAGCCUCACAAACUGCUGAUCGAGCAGCAAAUCUGAAGUUCAAUUAUGAAUGGAGACCAAUCUGUGCCUGUGGUGAACUAAAUCUGGAAGCGGUAAAUAACGAGUGGAAACAGUUGACAUCACCCGAUUAUCCAGAAUUUUACUGUAAUUCCAUGAAGUGCCAAUAUUUGAUCACCGCACCACAAGAUCAAAUCGUUAUUAUCAACAUCACUUUGGUGUCUCUUGAGCCGAAUGAGGAUAUUUUGGGAAUUUAUGACGGCCGCAAUAUUACCGACAAACGUCUAGAACUUGCAACUGGUAUUCAAACGUUCAACUACCUCAUAAAAGGUACCGUUAACGAGAUGACCGUUUAUUUUGAAUCAGAUGUUAGCAUCACAAACAAAGGAUUUGUUCUCUAUUAUACAACAGAAUAUAAUCCAACAGAAGAUGGAACCAUUCAUUUGCAUCGUCAUUCGUUAUUAUAUUUCGUGCUUGUUUUUCUAUUAAUAGUCUGUUGCGGCGGCUUAUUCGUUGCUUAUCAAAGGAGUUUAUUCUGUUUUGCGAACCGACACAAUUGGCCGACCACUUCAAUGGUCGGCUUCUCAAAUUUGACACAUGCUGCUAACACGUAA